AGGCAGCCAUCCCAUGGCCCGAGCUUUCGGGUCCAAUUAAGGGCACCUGUCCACGCUUGCCCUCUUAAGCGCGCCACAGCGGCCUGCCAUGCCAAAUGCUUUCCAAAGCUUGGGCGAUGAGACCUAUGGCCCCCAGUACCAGCACAACGUUGCUGUCAUCGCGUUGGCAGCAGAAGCUGCGAGCACCGUGGCAGAGCUGCUGGAGACGAGAAAGAUGGAUCGGUCUAUUGGUGUGGUAGGCUCAGUGCUGCGCCCGGCACCCGAGAUGCUCGGUGACAUUCCAGUUUUUCCAUUGGAGGAUCUAGACCCUUGUGACUUCGACAUUGUUUUGGUCGUUGACGCUUGCCUGGAUGAAGCUGACUUGCCAAGCAAGUCUGACUGGACCAAAGAGAAGUUCUUGCUGGUGCAGGUGCAAGCAGCUGAAAAGAUCAACGAGCAAGUCGACGAGCUCCUUCGCAAGAUUGACGACGCCCAAGUGCGACGUGCUUGCGGUGCAGGCACUUCCUGCUGAGGUGGAUUUUGUUAGCUGAGCAGGUGUGGCUGGUGCUGAUGCAGCGGAUGACUCUAUGGAGAUGGCAUGUCCCAUGGAUGACAAGCGCAUCGACGCAUUAGCCUUUAGCAGCUGGGAUUUGCGCGAUCUCUCUGCCAAAAAGGAGUUCGAUUUGCGUUUUGCCAAGGGCAAAGGAACCAAGAACCGAUGGGUGCAAAUUGGACGUUGACUCUCUCGCCCAGUUCUUGUGGGGAUUUGGGUGCUUCCAGGUGUUGUUCCAAAAGAAAUCACAGACGUUUUGAAGGUUUCAGCAUGGGCGGACCCUCUUCCUGCACAGAACAGGGGCGGACCCUCUCUCUGCCACCGGCAAGUUGAAAGCCUCCGGAUGAUGUUUGCCAUGAAGUGCAGGAAGCUAAGCUUCCAAGCAAUACGGCCCCAAGCAUGGGGUUGCUCAGUGACUGCAUACAGAGAAGAGCUCUUGUUGUCAAGCCUGAUCUCUUGUGCAUCAGGGUGACUUGCAGAAGCCCGAAGUCUUCUUCCAGGUGGCUGCUCAUGACCAAC